AUGUACGACGAUUGCCUGUUACUCUCGACUCGUUUUCCCCAAAAAUUGUGGAGAAUAGUGAAUGAAUGCACCAGCGGCGCCAUAAGCUGGAGCAAUAGCGGUGGCAGUAUUCUCCUGGAUUACAAAAAAUUUCACGACGAGUACCUCGACCCGAAAAAUUCAAUUUUCAAAACGAGCAAUGUUACGAGCUUCAUCCGCCAGCUAAAUCUCUAUGGAUUUCGUAAAGUGACAUCACACAAUCGUGAUCCCCUGUGUAAUUCGCGUAAUCCGGAUGUGCACGAGUUUCAGCAUGAGAAUUUCCAGCGUGAGCGUGAGGACUUGGUGAAAAAAGUUUGCCGAAAAGCAUCGAGAAAGUCGAAGAAAGAGGGAAAGAAAAUCAAAAGUGCGAGCGAAGCGGAGGGAAGUUCAAGAUUGAAAAUGUGUCAGGUCGCACUGACGAAGGCACUGGAGCAGGCAGUUGACGAUUAUCGGAGGAGAAAAUUGCAUGUGGAGGUGAUUAACGCUAACGCAAGCCCAUUCUGUCCCUCCACGUCUUCCCAUCUGCAGGUUUAUAAUUACUUUCAUUGA